GCUGGUUCAAAGCUCCAAAAAAGAUGAUAUACCAUUUCUGAGGGCCCUAAUAAGCACCGGGCGAACCAUUAAUUCAGAGGGCGGAGGGAAGAUGAUGUUUGGUCUCCAGCGGCUGAAGGUUGUGCAGGGACGGAAGAUGAAUGUUUGGUCUACGACGGCCAGAGAUCAUGGACGAACUGUGGGGCUAGAGGCUGGAACAGAUCUGGAUUUGAGGUCAUCUGUGUUAGGUGGCGACAAAGGAGGCUUGGUAGAGAACAGGAUGAAUAAGAGGCAAGGUGAUGAAGAAGCUACGGUAUUGCUGGAUCGCCCCCCUCCUGAACCGCUGCAAUGGGGUGCAGGAGAAUCUAGGGUUUGAAAGCAUCUUUUUAAUUUUACUGUUUGCUUGCGAUUUAUUUUUCAUGAUCAGGCUGCUUAUUUUUCUAGUUGAUUACUUUUAUUAUUGUAAGACUCUUGCAUUAGGAUUGAGUGAUGGAAGGUCUGCUUUAGUCGUCGUUGGCUCAUUUAUGCCCAUUAUAGGAUCGGCG